ACGCAAUCUGAUUGGGACAGCAGUUGCUCCACUCGGGUGUGCGGCAGUUAACAGGGAGGCCUCAGCUCCGGACCUUCGUACUACUGCGGGGGCACCUGGAAUGGGAACAACAACUGGGGCAGCAACUACGAGGGCCCGAUCGUCAACACCGACACUGAGACUUGCAAGCGAUUGUGCGGUAUGAGCGGGAGCAACAAGUGCACGGGUUGGACCGUGACCAACAACAACGAGUGCUACCUGAAGACAAGCGUCGGGGACAUGCAGAGCGAUGCGGGCGUUCAGGGCAGCGGCUACUGCUACCCCAGCUGCGGGGACCAGCAGAACCAGCAGAACAACGAUGGGCACAAUUACGAGGGCCCGAUCCAAGUGCAGAACGCAGAGUUCUGCAAGGUGAGGUGCCAGGCUUCCGGGGGCCAAUGCAAGGGCUGGACUGUGACCAACAACGGUGAAUGCUACCUGAAGGAUAGCGUUGGGCCCAUGAGGCCUGAUGGGGGGGGGAGUGCAGGCCAGCGGCAGUUGCUAGCCCUGCGCAGCGAAUGCUUUUGCCCCACGCUCCUCUCGCGAGGUCUCGUGCCCGCGAAGGUCAGGGCCAACAGCGGUGGCCAACAGCGCUCAACCGCGUACAGAAUGCAUGUCGGGUAGUUUCCGCACGGGCCCCUCUCAGCUCGGAGUUCAGACAUCCACAGCAAACAUCGGCAUGAUCAUGCGAAAUCGCAAUCGCAC